UCUCUCGAUCGCCGGUCGAUGAGGGAACGGAGAGCCGUCGCGUCGACCGGGAAACAUGGCAGUCGCGCCUUGACGCUCGACGUCGUUUGGUACGGACACCGCGACCUCCUGCCUCGCGAGGGAGAGGAGAGCGCGAGACGCGAGUGCGCCCUGAGACUUCAUCGACUACCCGGACCUCGUCAUCUCUUGCCCUCGUCACUGUUCCCCGUCAUUGGUUGGCUAAUCGGUUAAGGGCGCGUGUCGGCCAAUAUGAGGAUUAGAUUUGCCAAUGCUGGAGCGGAGGCGCUUCUGCUACUCCUCGUGGUGGUGUGCGCAAACAGGGGGGAGGCCCUCCAGUACCAGCCGCUUGAUGUUUACGGCAACGGCGCCGAGGAAUGCGCUCUGAUCAUCGGCGGACCGGGACGCAGCAGCCUUUACGAUUACACGUACAAUCUCCUACGCGGUGGCCUCUUCCCGUCGUCAAUUGGGUCACAAAUAUGCAUCACUUACGAUGCCAUAAAUCGUGCUUACAUCGAAGCCACCAAGCGCAUUCAUGUUGCCAACCCGAAAAACGAAAAAUGGAGGCCCGAGGACUUGGCUAGCGUCGGAGAGCUCCUUCUCGAUAUUUCCAUAAAUCUUGCGCACACAUACGGCCUGUCGCCGGAGCAAGUGGAGAAAAACUUACCUCUCAUCGACACGUCCAAGACACUCAUUCACGACGUGUGUCCAGCAUUCCUGGGCAACAUACAAUGUAGGCCAGGCAAAUACCGUCGUUACGACGGGCUGUGCACUAAUUUGGAAAAUCCAACUUGGGGCGCAUCGUUAUCACCGUUCGUCAGAUUACUGAGCCCUCGCUUCUCGGACGGAAUGAACUCGCCGAGGAUCGCCAUGUCGGGUCGCAAUUUGCCACUUUCACGAGUCGUCUCGCGUACAAUGCACCCCGACGAUGGUUUUCACGAUCAUGCAGGUACGGUUAUGGUGAUCGCCUGGGGUCAGUUCAUGGAUCACGAUUACACGUUGACUGCGACGCCAUUGGAUCCGAUGAAUCGCAACGACCCGGAGGAAUGCUGUAACCGCGCCGCUCACAAUAAGAAUCCAUACUGCAACGAGAUCCAUAUACCAGAGGACGACUACUUCUACAGGCUAUUCCACGUGCGGUGCAUUGACUUCGUGCGCGCCUUCCCCGCAGCAAGACCCGGAUGUCGACUCGGUAGCCGCGUGCCCUUCAAUCUUCUCACCGGAGUGCUCGACGGCAACACCAUUUACGGCAUCAGCGACGAAUUUGCCAACAAGUUGCGGACAGGUUAUGCCGGGUUGCUGCGCAUGAAUCCCGUGUUCGAGGAGUACGGCCUCAAGGAUCUACUUCCGCUUAAGCUCGACAUCCCGGACGAAGGCUGCACUCGCCCUAACGGAAGCGUCUACUGCUUUGAAGCCGGUGAGAUCAGGGUGAACGAGCAAUUGGUGCUGACUUGCAUGCACACGCUAAUGGCGCGCGAGCAUAACCGAGUGGCUAAGGGUCUUGCGCAAGUCAAUCCACACUGGGACGACGAGACACUUUUUCAGGAGUCGAGGCGUAUCGUCAUUGCCGAAAUACAGCAUAUUACGUAUAAUGAGUUUUUACCGAUCCUGCUGGGCAAGGAUGUCAUGGAGAAAUUCGGCCUUCUUUUGGAGAAAGAGGAUUAUUGGGAUGGAUACGAUGCGAAUGUGAAUCCGGGUGUUAUGGACGCUUUUGCAGCGGCGGCUUUCAGAUUUGGACAUUCGCUAUUACCGACUGCCGUCGAAAGAUGGAGUAAAGCUCAUAAAUUCAUUGCAUCGAAACGUUUGUCUGACCUUAUUAGACGACCAUUCGAUUUGUACAGAGCAGGUGUUUUUGACGAAUACUUAAUGGGUUUGAUGAAUCAAGUCUCCCAAGCGAUGGACGAUUCCAUAACGCAAGAGGUCACCAAUCACCUUUUCAAGAAAGUUGGCGCCAAACACGGCAUGGAUCUGGUCUCCUUCAAUAUGCAGCGGGGCCGCGAGUUUGGCAUUCCCGGAUACAUGGAAUUCAGGAAAUAUUGCGGUCUGCCUUGGGCCGACACCUUCGAGGAGCUCUUCGGCUCGAUGCCUAACGAGACGGUGCGUCGUUACAUGUCCAUUUUCGAGCAACCAGCCGAUGUUGAUCUUUGGUCCGGGGGAGUUUCCGAAAGGCCUCUGCCCCAAAGUAUGCUAGGACCAACUUUUGCGUGUAUCAUUGCCACGCAAUUCAGCAAUUCCAGGCGCGGUGAUCGCUUCUGGUACGAGCUUCCUAAUCAACCAUCCUCCUUUACUCCUGAUCAGUUGCAGGAGAUUAGGAAAACGAAAUUAGCCAGAGUUAUCUGUGACAAUACGGAUUUAAUCGAUACGAUACAAAUUUAUCCAAUGGUUUUACCUGACCACGAAGUUAAUCCUCGAGUGCCAUGUAAAAGUGGAAUCCUUCCGAGCAUUGAUUUCAGCAAAUGGGCCGAGUACCCCCAUCAUGUUUACACUCCGCAGUUUGCGAAUCCUUAUUCUCGACAAUACGGGCAACUAGUGAAAUGAAGUUACUCAAACAUUUAUUAAUGAUAAAAGACAACAUAAGUAAGUGUUUCGACGAUUUACAAAUUACUCAACGCCACUCAGCGUUAUUGAAUUACAAUCGUGAAUUUCAAUCGCUGUUUGUUAAUCGUUGGGAGACUUUCUGAUGUAAAAACGUACCAUGAAGCAUUUAUUCGCAUGACAUAUAUAUUCAUCUUGUAGAGCCUAAGGGCAGAUAACUAUGGAAAAAUUUGUGCACGUGAUUGGGAAAAGCUUAAUACAGCAAUGCCAAGA